AUGAGACUCAUAGUAUAGCAAUAUUAUGGUUUUGGAUAAAAGAAGACCUUCAAAAUAGAAAUAGAUGAUAAAGACACUUCAGAUCAACUGAUUUCAGUAAUUGCAUCUAAAGUUGGACGUUAGAGUUAAGAUUUAGUUAUAAAGUGUAAAAGGGAUCAAUAUUGUGUAACAAUAAUGUAAUAUUAAGAUAAAAAUAAUAGAGGGUUGGCCAUUAGAAUUUUAUGAAUUCUUAGAAAAUUAGAAUAUUUCAGUAGAAGUAAGGGAAAAUGAAUCAGAUACAAAAUAGAAAGAAUAAAAGAGAUAAACUGAAAAAUACUUAAAUAAGUUAUUUUAAAACUAAAGAGAAAAGCCUUAAAAGUUGUCUGCAGUAUCAGAAACAAGUGAAAAUUCAGAAGAUGAAGGUAAUUCUUCUUAAUAGAAAUUGUCAAAUGCAAAAAUGGAACCAAUAUAAUCUGAUUAUGAUGAUAAAAUAUUUUAAACAGUGAAAAGUGGUAAUUUAGAAAUGUUACAACAACUUAGUUAAAAGAUAAAUCCUUAGUUAUUAAAUUAAGCAUCAUUUGGUGGAUGGAAUCCUAUUCAUUUUGCAACUUUUUUAGAGUAUAAAUUGAUAGUAGAAUUUUUAAUUUCGAAAGAUAUAGAUAUAAAUAAAGUGACAGAUGAAGGAUGGACUCCAUUAUAAAUAGCUGUACAUAGACAUAAUAUUGAAAUAGUGAAAGUAAUAUUGAAUCAUUCUUAAGUUGAUGUUAAUUUAAUAACAGAUAAGGGAAUAGCUUUAAAUUUAGCAUGCAAAUCAAAUUAGAUAAAGAUAAUAGAAUUGUUACUUUAAAAGAAUGCAGAUCCUAAAUUAUAAGAUAAAACAGAAAGAACAGCAUAUGAUUAUUGUAAUUAGGAAACAAAGAUGGCAAUAGAAUAAAUAAAGAAAAGUAAUUAGAUGAAAGAUUAAUUAAAAAAUGCUGAUGAUUUUAUACCUCCUAGACCACCAGUAGCAAGAGGAUUCAUAUAUAAAACUGGUUAGAUGAUAGUCACUUUGAAUGAGAGAUAUUUUGUUUUAAAUCCAGAUGAAGGGACAUUCAUAAGAUUUAAGAAUAUAUCUGAUUAUCCAUUAAAACCAUUGUAACAGUUUUUAAAUUAAUAUAUUUAAGAGAGAUUAUUCCUUUAAGAAGUGUAAGAAGUGUUUAAAUGACGCAGAAAGGUUUUAUAUCUAAAUCAGGAUAUUAUUAUUUUGAAUUACUUUAUUCUACAAGAAUAAUAUUAGCCUGUAAAAAUGAACAUAUAGCAAAAAAAUGGGUAGAAUAUAUUUAUAAAGCAACAGUAUAUUAUUAAUAUAUAGAAGAAAAGAUUAAAGAGUAAUUAAUUAUAAUUAUGAAAGAGGAAUUUUAGAUCCAAAUAUAAUUGAUAAAAAUAUAGAAGUCUAAAUUGAAGAUAAAAAUGCAAAGAUUCCCAUUUCUGAUCCUCCUCCAAAAUAAUUAUCACCAGAAUAAUCUAUUUCAUUACCAAGAGAUGAAGCAACUCUUAUUUAAAAAAGACUAUCAAAUCCAGAACUUAAUUAUAGAUACAGUUAAAGUCCACCAAAAAAUUAAGAAAUUGUAUAAUCAAAAUAAAUAGUUGCUUAAUCUUAAUAAUAGUUACAAUCAUCAUAUAUUGAAAGUUAGAAUGAAUUGUUAAAGGAUAGUAAAGUAACUUUUGAUUCCUUUGAAAUUAUAAAAGAAUUAGGAUCAGGAGCAUUUGGAAAAGUAUUUUUAGUUAAACUUAAAACAGAUGGUGGUAUAUUUGCAAUGAAAGCACUCAAAAAAAAAACUUUAAUUUAAUAGAAAUAAAUUAAAUAUGCCAUAACUGAAGCAAAUGUUUUAAAGUCAUGUAAACAUCCAUUCAUUCUUGGUUUACAUUAUGCUUUCCAAGUAUAUAUUUUUAAUUUAUUUAAAGACUCCAAAUUAUUUAUACUUGGUUUUAGACUAUUGUUAAGGAGGUGAUCUAUCUUAUCAUAUAGCCAAUUAAGGUAAAUUUAAUGAAGAAUCUGCUAAAAUCUAUGCUGCGGAAAUUCUUUUGGCUAUUGAAUAUCUUCAUACUAAAGAUAUUAUUUAUAGAGAUAUGAAACCUGAAAAUAUAUUAUUAGAUAUUUAAGGACAUGUUAAAUUAGCAGAUUUUGGAUUAUCAAAAGAAGGUGUGGCUGAUUAAGAUAAAGCAAAGAGUUUUUGUGGAUCCCCUGCAUAUUUAUCACCUGAUAUUCUAAGUCAAAAAGGAGCUGGAAAACCUAGUGAUAUCUAUGGAAUAGGAUGUGUCAUGUUUGAAAUGAUGACUGGUGAAUCUCCCUACUACCAUGAUGACAUACAACAAAUGUAUAAAAACAUAUAAAGUGGAACCUUAAAAUGGCCUAAGAAAAUGUCAUCUGAAGCCAAAAACUUACUUAGUGUAAUCAAAUAUUCUUUAUUUUUAGAAAAUGCUAGAAAGAGAUCCCAAUAAAAGAAUAGGCACAAAAUCUAAAGAUGAAAUCAAACAAGAUCCCUUCUUCAAAGGAAUUGACUGGGAUAAAGUUUAUAGAAAAUAAUACAAACCACCUAUUACUGACUUCUCUGAAAUGCAUGAGGAUGAUGAUCAAUAAGAUCUUGAUGGUGAUGAAUUAGGUUAUUAUGGAAAGGUUACUAUUAUUAUUUAUUUAAAUUUUAGACUAUCUUUUAAGAUUAGGAUUAUGGAUAAGAAAAUAAUAAAACCAAUAGAGUUAAGAAUUUUAGUUUUGCCACUAACUCAUCCUGAUAUAAUUUAUAAAAAAAAUGAUUAUUA